AUGGAAAAAAAAAAUUUAAAGAGAAAAUCGCUAGAUACUCAAAAAGCAUCACCAAUAAAUAAUACAACUAAUAAUAAUAAUAGUGAUAAAAUAAAUGAAAAUACUAAUAAAAACAGUAAUAUUAAUAAAAAUAAAAAGAAGCAAAGAAAAUCAUUAGAAAAUGAAAACAGCAAGGUAGAAAAUAUUGUUAACAAUCAAAAUGACCAAGACAAAGUUGUACGUGUCUAUGCAGAUGGUAUUUACGACCUUUUCCAUUUUGGUCAUGCAAGAUCACUUCAACAAGCAAAACAAUUAUUUAAAAAUACAUAUUUAAUAGUAGGAGUGUGUAAUGACGAAAUUACUCAUAGAUUAAAGGGUAAAACUGUCAUGAAUGGCGAAGAAAGAGCAGAGUCAUUAAGACAUUGCAGAUGGGUGGAUGAAGUGGUCGAGAAUGCACCAUGGAUAGUAACACAAGAGUUUAUUGAUGAACAUAAUAUAGAUUAUGUUUCACAUGGAGAAGAUUUAUGUUUGGAUAAAGAUGGUAAUGAUAUCUAUCAGUUUGUCAAAGAUCAAGGUAAAUUCAAAACUAUUAAAAGAACCGAUGGUAUUUCUACAUCUGAUAUCAUUUUGCGUAUUGUUAAAGAUUACGACAGCUAUGUAAUGAGAAAUUUAUCAAGGGGUUAUACUGGUAAACAAAUGAAUGUCGGUUUAAUAAAAGAGACCUCGCUCCAAUUAGAAGAGAAAUACAACCAAAUCAAAUCCAAGGUUAAAUUAUUAUCAAAUCAAACCGAACAAAAUAUUUUAUCAUUUUUACAAAGAUUCUCAAAGAAAUUACCAAAGAAUUGGGAAAAGAUGAUUCAGCAAUCUCCAACCAGUGGAAGUGAUACAAGUAGUAGCAAUGGUGAUGAAGAUGACAUUUUAGAAGAUGAUACUGAUGAUGUUGCCGACUCUAACAUUUCUUCUCCCCCACAAAACGACCCAUUAUCUCCAACAUUAUUUUCUAUUGCCUCACAAAAUUUAGAAAAUAACAAUAGUAAUAGCAAUAGUAAUAAAAACAGCAAAAAAAAAACAACCACAACAACCACCACAUCAAAACCAAAAACAGCAACUGUAUAAAUCAAACCUAGUAUACUAAAUAAUAUUAGUGACUAUUUAAUAAAAACCUUUUAUAAUAUAAAU